CAACUUCGCCUCAAUUGCCAUACUUUCAGAGGAACGACAUCAGAGAAGUUUUGGGAAAUUAAUAAUUUUUAAUUAAAAAUUCUGAGGCAAACACUGAUUCAAUUGCAUCGAUGAUUGUUUUGUACAGCCGCGGGUAUUGUGAGCAAACUUGAGAUUUUUGGAAAUAGAUUUAAUUCGAAUACCUUUUCGUUCAUGACGUGUUUAUUUGGACGUCGGAAAAAAUACACCGUUGCAUCUUCUGAAGAAUUGGAAGAGACGGACCAAGCAAGCACAGGAAAGUUUCUGAAGAAGAAAAUGGAUCUUCCCGAAACUGCUGAAAUUUUGAAACUUUGUGAGUGCUUGUAUUCUAGUUCUUCAGUAAAUCUGCAACAAGAAACAAAUAAAAUACUUAUAAAUAAGGUCCGGGCUGAAAGUGGAUUCAUGCUCUUCUUAUCAGAUGACCAAAGAGAGCUUUUCUGUGAGGUUAUUGGAAGUAGAAUUCUUCCUGAAGAAAUUCGGUUUAGUGUUGAAAAUUCUAGCUUUCAAAGUGUUAUUGAGAAAAAAGCUAGUGUUGUAGUAAAUAACGCGAAGGGAUUUUCCUUAGGGAAUAAUAAUUCUGACGUCCUAAUACACUCAUUUCUGUGUGUGCCAUUAUUUACUUCUAAAUUGGAAGACAAUGUUUGCAGUUUGUUAUGCCUUAUUAACAAAAAAAGUUUUACUACAGAAGAUAUAGAAUGUGUGAAGAACUGGGCCAAGUUUAUAUCUCCUUUAUUAGUCCGUGCUCAUGCUUAUGAUGAAGAGCAUAAAAUAAAAAAACGAAGUCAGUCUCUUCUUCAAGUUGUAAAAACUCUUUUGGUGCAGAUUGACAAUGUUACCUUGCUUUUGAAGGAAAUAAUGACAGAAGCUAGAAAUCUUACUGGUGCUGAACGCUGUUCAUUGUUUCUCUGGGACAAAGAUGAAAAUGAAUUGGUAGCAAAAGUUUUCGAUGGUAGUGACACUGAUGAAAUGUCUGAUAAAGUCAUUCGUUUUCCUGUCACUGAAGGAAUAGCUGGACAUGUUGUAACAACUGGUGAAAUAUUAAACAUUAGUGAUGCCUAUUCUCAUCCAUUAUUUUACCGAAAAGUAGAUGAAACUACUGGGUUCAGAACUAGAAACAUUUUAUGCUUUCCGAUCAAAGAUGACAAUGGAAUCAUUGGAGUCGCAGAAUUGUGCAAUAAAGUCAGUGGAAAUAAUUUUACCCAGUUUGAUGAAGAAAUUGCCAGUACAUUUUCUGUUUACUGUGCAAUUUGUAUUAUGCAUUCUUUAAUGUGGAAAAAGGUUCGUGAUGCUCAGUCGAGAAGUAGAUUAUCAAAUGGUUUAAUCAUGCAAUCCAAAGUAUCAGAGGAAGAGAUUUUACGCAUAUCGAACAAAUGCAUAGACUUUAUUGAUGAACAUUUUCAGAGUUUCAAUUUUAUACCUAGACUGUUAUCUGAUGUGGAAGCUGCUCAUGCAACCCUUGCUAUGUUUGAGGAUUUGGGAUUUCACCAGUUAUGGAAAUUCAAAAAGAAUACCUUAAUUCGAUUUGUGGUUCAUGUGAAACAAGGAUACCGGGACCCCCCAUACCAUAAUUGGAAACAUGGCUUUUCGGUUGCCCAUUUCGCUUAUCUGCUACUAAAAAAUCUCAAGUUGAUGGGCAAUGAAAUAAGUUUUUUAGAAGGCUUAUCAUUUUAUGUUGCUUGCUUAUGUCAUGAUUUAGACCAUAGGGGAACUACUAGUGCAUUUCAAGUAACUUCUAAAUCUGUGCUUGCUGCUUUGUAUAGUUCUGAAGGAUCAGUUUUAGAAAGGCAUCAUUUUGCUCAAACAAUGGCCAUACUACACACUGAAGGAUGCAAUAUGUUUGAAAGUCUCACAGAACAGGAGUAUAAGAAAUGUUUAGAUUACAUAAGACACAUUAUUUUAGCAACUGAUUUAGCUCAUCAUUUUAGAAUAAUUAAAGACAUCAAGCAACUUAUAGCCACUGGAUAUGAUAAAUCCAACCCUGACCAUCAUUCAAUUCUGUUAUGUCUAAUGGUAACUUCUUGUGACUUAUCUGAUCAAACCAAAGACUGGAAAAAUACUAAAGAAAUAGCAAAAAUGAUUUAUAAGGAGUUUUUCACUCAAGGUGAUUUAGAAAAGGCAAUGGGUGUAAAUCCAACUGAAAUGAUGGAUAGAGAAAAAGCUCGUAUACCACGACUGCAAAUUAAUUUUUUGGAACAAGUUGUUAUACCAGUAUAUCAGUUACUUUCAGGAUUCUUCCCUCAGCUGAAGCAUAUAGUACACACAAUUGAAAAACAUAAAAAGCAGUGGGAAAAAGUUGAGACAAUUUUCUCAAAUAUGUGCUGUAACAGUAAUGUAGCUCCAAUCGAUUUUCUUGAUGAUGCGAAUGUUGAUGCAGCGGCGUUGAGCGUUUAAACUUUCAUAUUUGUCUGUUUCACAUUGCAUUUAUUGUUUCCAUUUUACAAAUAUUUAAGAAAAAAAUGAGUUUAUGACGUUUAAAAAUUAAUUUCUAUGAUAAUUUUGUUAAAAUGAUUUUUUAAACUGUAAGUAUGGGCUGAAAAACUAAACCCUUUUGCAGUAGCGUCACUAUGUGUGUGUGGGGGAGGGAGGGGCUGCGGUCCGGGAGACAUA